UAUGGCGUCUGUGAUUGAUGUAAACGCCUUGGACCGACACUGUUUUGUUAGCUUACUGAGUUCCUAUAAUGCCUGUUAAAAAACGACGGAGGCACGCGAAGAAAUUGCAGAUUAUAUCCGCAUAAAUCUAAUUCCGUCAUUAUCGGAAAUACAGCCAAACCCGAUGUCCGAAGGGGCCCGUGCUCCCUGGUCAAAGCGGGGUUGUGUGGAGUCGCAUCGCCGAGAGCAGGGGAAACACAAGCAAAGAAAAUGUGAACUUCCUCCAGGCACAGUGCCAGCCAAGCUCCCGCUCAGCCUGGAGGCACCUAAGAGGUGUCUGAUGGCAGGAGACGUGGAGGUAUACCUGUCCCAGGCUCACGAUGGCAGCGUGUCUGCAGGUUUCCGCGCACUUUACGAAGAGCGUCUCCUCCUGGACGUGACGCUGCUGAUCGAGGAUCACCACUUCCAGGCGCACAAGGCCCUGCUGGCUACGCAGAGUGACUAUUUCCGCAUCAUGUUCACAGCUGACAUGCGUGAGCGUGACCAGGACAAGAUUCACAUGAAGGGUCUGACGGCCACUGGUUUUGGGCAUGUACUACAAUUCAUGUACUACGGCAGGCUGGAGCUGAGCAUGAUCACAGUGCAGGAGAUUCUGCAGGCGGCCAUGUAUGUGCAGCUCACGGAGGUGGUGGAGUUCUGCUGCACCUUCCUCCUGGCCAAGAUCUGCCUGGAGAACUGCGCCGAAGUUAUGCGUCUGCUGGAAGACUUCAGCGUGGGCAUCGAAGGUGUGCAGGAGCAGCUGGAUGCCUUCCUGCUGGAGAACUUUGUGCCUCUCAUGGCUCGUUCUGAUUUCUUGUCAUAUCUGAGUUUUGAGAAGCUGAUGGCCUAUCUGGACAGUGACCAGUUGAGCCGCUUCCCAGAGAUUGAGCUCUACGAGGCAGUACAGGCGUGGCUGAGGCAUGACCGCAGACGCUGGAGGCACACCGAUGCUGUCGUCCAGAAUGUGCGUUUCUGCCUCAUGACACCUUCCAAUGUCUUUGAAAAGGUAAAGACAUCUGAAUUCUACCGAUACUCCCGGCAACUGCGGCAGGAGGUAGACCAGGCUCUCAACUAUUUCCAUGAGGUCAAUGAGCAGCCACUCCUGGACACCAGAUCCAACCGAAUUCGGUCCAUCAGACCACAGACCGCCGUUUUCCGCGGGAUGAUCGGCCACAGCAUGGUAAACAGCAAGAUCCUGCUGCUGCACAAGCCCAAAGUGUGGUGGGAGCUGGAGGGCCCGCAAGUGCCCCUCCGCCCCGAUUGCCUCGCUAUCGUCAACAACUUUGUAUUCCUGCUGGGUGGUGAGGAGCUGGGGCCCGAUGGAGAGUUCCAUGCUUCCUCCAAGGUCUACCGCUAUGACCCGAGGCAAAACUCCUGGCUGCGCAUGUCCGACAUGUCAGUGCCACGCUCCGAGUUUGCUGUGGGCGUCAUAGGGAAGUUCAUCUAUGCGGUGGCUGGCCGCACGCGCGACGAGACCUUCUAUUCCACUGAGCGUUACAACAUUGUGGAGGACAGGUGGGAGUUUGUGGACCCCUACCCUGUCAACAAGUACGGCCAUGAGGGCACCGUGCUCAAUGGCAAACUCUAUAUUACCGGCGGCAUCACUUCCUCCUCCACGUCUAAGCAGGUAUGUGUGUUCGACCCCGGCAGGGAGGGGCUGCCGGAGCACCGGACACGCCGCACUCAAGUCCUCACAAACUGCUGGGAGAACAAGUCCAAGAUGAACUAUGCCCGUUGCUUCCACAAGAUGAUCUCAUACAACGGCAAACUGUAUGUGUUUGGCGGUGUGUGUGUAAUCCUCCGUGCCUCCUUUGAGUCACAGGGCUGCCCAUCCACUGAGGUGUACGAUCCAGAGACAGACGAGUGGACCAUCCUUGCUUCCAUGCCUAUUGGGCGUAGUGGACACGGGGUGGCUGUGUUGGACAAGCAGAUCAUGGUGCUGGGGGGGCUGUGCUACAAUGGUCACUAUAGCGACUCUAUUUUGACCUUUGACCCUGAGGAGAAUAAGUGGAAGGAAGACGAGUAUCCCAGGAUGCCUUGCAAACUGGAUGGCCUGCAGGUAUGCAGCCUGCACUUUCCAGAAUAUGUGCUGGAGCAUGUGAGGCGCUGCAGCUGAGGCAGGGACUGCCCCCUGCUGGCUCAGCUGUGAUACACACAAACUGUAUUAGAAAAAUGACAAAAGAAAUAGCUGUUUAAAAAGUUUACUGCUGUUUAAAUAGCACCUCUAAAAAUGUAAUGCUUUUAUCCCCAAGAGAUAAUAGGUAAUUGCUUACUUGAAGAAAAUAAUUCCCAGAUUCUUUGGUAAUUUUGUGACUGGAUUGUGCAUAAGAGGGAAGACAAUGUUUGGGUAGAUUGUCAUUUUCAGAUGCAAUUUAAAAAUGACACAUUUCUUAAACAGCAUUCAUUAUUAAAAUAAACUUUCACAGUUUUUGACCAUCAUAA